AAAAAAAAAAAAAAAAAAUUUGCUCAAAUUUGGGUAUCAAUCUUUUUGAGGUUUUCCUUAUUUUCCUACAUUCUCUGCUACUAAACUUUUGUUUAAGUACUCGUCUGGUUUUCUCUAUCGUUGGCUUCGCUGAAUAAUUCCCUGACUAGAUGUCCACUUAUUCACUAUUUUACACCGAUUCGACUAUUGAGUUUUGUGCAAUCUCCAUCAAUUUUUAAGCCGAAUCAAGCAACAAAGGCGUAGGGUCCACAUUUUCAUUUCUUCUCUUUUCUUCCAUUCUCAGAAACCAAACAAUUAAAGCUAAGAUGAGUUCGAGUAAUGGGAAGGUUCACUCAAAGACUUGUAAUGGAGGAAAUGCGAAUAAACCCUUCAAGAUCUUCGUGGGUUAUGAUUCACGCGAGGAUAUUGCCUACCAGGUCUGCCGCAACUCGAUCUUGAAGCGGUCCUCGAUUCCCGUUGAGAUCAUACCGAUAAUACAAUCAGAUCUGAGAAAAAGUGGUUUAUAUUGGCGCGUAAGAGGCCAAGUCGAGAGCACUGAGUUCUCCUUUACUCGGUUCUUGACACCAUACUUAGCCAAUUAUGAGGGUUGGGCAGUGUUUGUGGACUGUGAUUUUCUGUACUUGUCAGACGUUAAGGAAUUGAAGGACAUGGCCGAUGACAGAUAUGCAAUUAUGUGUGUUCACCAUGACUAUACCCCAAAAGAAUCCACGAAAAUGGAUGGUGCGGUGCAAACAGUGUAUCCUAGGAAGAAUUGGUCUUCCAUGGUGCUUUACAAUUGUGGACAUCCCAAGAACCGGGUUUUGACCCCUGAGGUUGUGAAUACACAAACGGGUGCUUUUCUUCAUCGGUUUCAGUGGCUGGAGGAUGAUGAUAUUGGUUCCAUACCAUUUGUUUGGAAUUUUCUUGAGGGCCAUAACAAGGCCCUUGAGAAUGAUUCCACGACUUUUCCCAAGGCGAUACAUUAUACACGGGGAGGGCCAUGGUUUGAGGCUUGGAAGAAUUGUGAGUUUGCAGACCUUUGGGUAAAUGAAAUGUUGGAAUACACGAAGGAAGCAAAGAAGAAUAUUGAUGAGUAGGAUGAACGAGCAGGUCUUGUUAUUCAUUUAUAUUAUAGAAUUGUUAGUAAAGUAGAUGUUUUCAUGCUGUAUUCUUUAUGUUGUAUUUGUUAUGUAAGUUCUAUUGCUAAUGAUGAUUUCAUUGUGAGUAGAAGCAUGGACAUUACAGGCAUAUGUGUAAUGCUUCUGUGGUAGUUCUUUGUACUAGUUAGUACAUGGGUAGUGCAGGGAAGUAUAUGCCUUAUAUACGUUUGAUUGUUUAUUUGUUAAACUACCACAUUGAGGUGUAUUUGGGUUUGAUUCCUGGAUUGGAUGAAUAAUAAAACUAAUGUAGUUGAUGCUGUA